CGAAGGUCGCCGCGGACGUAAUAGCGAAGUCGCGAUAAAACAGCAGGUAUCGAGCGGGUUCAACCAUUUGCUUCUGAACAGAACGUUUGUCUGACGUAGGACAGUUGACCGGCUCGACAACAUGAAGGUUGCUCUGUUUUUCCUGGCUUGUGUUGUGGUGGUGAAGGGUCAGCUGUGGAACCCGCUGGCGAUCUGUAACGGCGACGCGAGCUGUCCCGACCCGAACCGGUACUGCUGCCGCUCCAACACCGUCUUCCUCGGAUUGCCUGUGUGUGAGCUGAGGCCUCACCUGGGCUGGCCGUGUGACGCGACCCUGCAGACCAGCUGUGAGUGUGUCCAGCGCACAGUAUGUUACAAGGGCAUCUGCACACUCGAGUCUCAAGUGCCGGCAGUGACCGAGGCUCCAGUGCCGGAGGGAUCAGGCGAGGGUGUCUAAACAGCCCCACGAAUCCACCUCCACAGCCCUGGUUUUAGAUUUGAUUAAAUUACAUUGAAUCUGUACUUU